CCGAAAUUCCUGAACUAGCAACUUCUCAUACUUGUCAAUUUGUGCCACCACUUUAUUUCUCAUCCUUGCCAAGGCCCCUGGUACCUGGAUGUGAAUAUGAAUGUACAGUUUGUUGCUUGUGUGUCAACUGUGUCAAGCGAAAGCGAAACGUCUUUGGGAAAAGAGCAGAAAACUUUCCAUUUGCGUUCCUGUUUGCGUUAUUUUGUUGCCAGUUGGUUGAAAAAGUUCCGACACCAAGUGUGCUGGGGAAAUCACCUGAUUUGAUGCAAACAUCACCAGACGAUCCAGGGCCAUCAAAUAGUCCUGGGAAUACGAACUCAAGUAUGCCACUCAAUCCAGCAAUGAAUGAUGCGCCUUUAGAAUUUAACAAAAAUAAGGGAAAACCACCUAUGCCUAUUAUGAAUAUUGACAUUGAUAAUGACAACGACAGUGAUGAUCUAGCCAUCAUAGGAGAAGAAAUCUUUGUGCGUGGUAAGGGUGAUAGGGACAACAGAGACAAGGAAAACCAGAAAGAAAGAGACGAAAGACUGAGGGAGAGGGAUAGAGUGCGCGAUAGAGAUCGAGAAAGAGAACGUGAUCGAGGACGUGAUCGUGACAGAGAUCGAGAUAGAGAAAGAGAUCGAGAAAGAGAACGCGAAAGAGAAAGAGACCGGGAGCGAAGAGAACGAGACAGAGAACGCAAUGGCCGAGAUAGAAGAGACCGCAAGACUGAUGACCGCCUUGAGGGAAAUAAUGGUCUUCUGCCAAACCCAGACAUGAUUGGACCAAAUGGAGGAGCCAUUCCCAUGGUGCCAAUGCCAGGGCCCAAUGGUGCACCACUGGUGGGCCCAGGGCACGGCCCAGGGCCUGGCUUGGUGCCACCACCCUCUGGGCCUGGACCAGGGGGUCCUGGACCCGGACCCAUGGGACCUGGGCCUGGACCCAUGGGGCCCGGACCCGGACCUAUGGGUCCGGGGCCCAACAUGUGGGGCAGCAUGAUGAACCCCAUGAUGGGCAUGAUGGGGAACAUGAUGGGCCCCAUUCCUCCCAUGGGAAUGAACAUGGAUCCCACCAUGAUGGGCAUGGGGCAGUUUGGAAUGAUGGGAGGUAUGAUGCCUGAUGGAUCUGUAAUGGGACCAGAUGCAGCAAUGAUACCACCUGACCCCUCCUUGUUGAUGGGGCCUCCACCUGAAGAGUCAGGUCUGGCCAAAGAAAUUGUACAUUGUAAAGAUUGCACCUUAUUUCCACCCAAUCCCAAUGCACCACUUCAGUCUACUCGAGAAAGGCCUUUGGGUUGUAGAACUAUUUUUGUUGGAGGCUUGCCUGACAAUGCCACUGAGGACAUGAUUCAUGAAAUAUUUCAGCGGUGUGGUGAAAUUCAAACCAUUAGAAUGAGCAAGAAAAAUUUCUGCCAUGUUCGUUUUAUGUUUGAAAGUUCGGUAGAGAAUGCAUUUUACUUCUCAGGAUACCGCAUGCGCAUUGGAUCAAAUACAGACUCUCCAAACACAGGAAGACUGCAUGUGGACUAUGCACAAGCUAGGGAUGACUUUCACGAGUGGGAGUGUGCUCAAAGACAACUGCAGCGAGAGGCAAGACACCGUCAACGCAUGGAACAAGAACUCUUACACCCACCCUCCCCACCUCCUGUUGCACACUAUUCUGAGCACGAAGCAGCUGUCAUUGCAGAGAAGAUAAAAGUGGAUGAAACCUUCGCCCAGUCAGUUCAGACUCUCAUUACUUGGUUGGAGCGUGGCAAUUGCAACAAGCGUAAUUCCAACCAAUUUUACUCAAUGAUUCAAGCUGCUAACUCUCAUGUUCGAAGACUUUUGGGAGAAAAGGCGCAACUGGAAGAAGAACUACAAGCUGCUAAAAACCUGUUCAAAGGAGGAAUGCAGGGCCUCUUAAUUCAGUUCAGUGACAUCGAGAGAGUAUUUACGUCAGCCAGCCACAAGAAAGUCUGGGACCAUUUCACGAAAGCUCAAAGAAAAAACAUCGAUUUGUGGAAGAAACAAUCCAUGGAAAUCAAAACGAUUCAGCUAGAGGAUGCUGUUCUGCACAAUGAAGAGAUGGAAUUGUCUGAUGAAGAGGACUCUAUGCAGAAAAGGAAGCAAAGAGAUGACUCCACAAUGGUGUCCAUGGAUGAAUCUGAUUCCCUCAAGGAAGAGAAUGAUAGUUUACGUUGCCAGCUUGAGGCCUAUAAGAAUGAGGUGGAUCUUGUUCGGUCAGACUUAAAAAUUGAGUUGAACAGGAAAGAGCAGCAGCUUAAAAUGGUACAGCAGACUAUGCAGGGUUUGCAGGAGAAACUAAUGGAAGGCCGCCGAAAGCAAAUGGAUGAUGAGGUGAAAAUUAAGGAGCUGAUGGCCCGUUUGGCUGAAUCCACAAAAUCUAGUAACAAAAAUGAUGUCAGUAUUGAUGGAGAUAAGUCAACUGAAGGAGAUGUUGGAGAAGAAGGACGUAAUCAAACUGACAAGGAAACUUCUGAAACAAGAAUUGACACAGAUGCCAUGUCCAGAAUUUCAGACAGGGAAGCCAAACUCAUUGGCGUUAUCUCAGCUUUUCUUCAUGUGCAUCCAUUUGGAGCAGGGACUGAUUAUGUGUGGUCUUAUGUUCAGAAGAUUGAACCAACUUUGAGACCCUCUGAAGUAGAAGCUCUUUUAACUCAAUACCCUACAGUGUUUAGACAGGAAUUGUGUGGUAUUGGUGCAAAUAUUGAGAGAAGGUGGCAGUUUUCUGGGUUCAGUUAACUGUUUCUACAUUCUUGAUACCAAAAUUUCAUUUUUUCCCCCCCUGUAAACAUAACCACCACAAUUCCUUAGAUGGUAGCUUUUUGUUGAAUUUCACUGGAAAAGAAAAUUUUAUGUACACACAAUUUGUUGGAGGCUAGUUGUACAAUUUGUCUAUUUCUCAUUGUACACAUAAAUAGUUCCUUCUCUUUUUAGUAAUUGAAAUGAAUCACUGUUUUAUUUUACCCAAUUCAUGUGAAUUGUAACCUCUGUAAAUUCUAGUUAUUAGUCCAUAUGUGUUCAGAAGUAUAGCUUUUGCUGUGCUUUAGAUUUUUCAGUCAAUGUUUAUGGGUAAUCACGAACAAGUUUCACUCAGGCCUUGUUUAUGAAGGGAGAGUGUCUAUUACUGCAUGUCUUGGGGUACUUUAUUCAUAAAAAUGAUCAGUUGUCAUUGUACUUACAGCUUGUGAGACUAACCCCAGAUGUCUUUGAACCCCAUUGUAUUUGUACAUGUAAAAGUCGUACAAGCAUAUGAGUUGCUGAAGUAAGUUGAAGUAAAGUGAGCCUGUCAUUCUGUAAUGGAAGUGGGCUUUCUCAAAUCAAGUCAAGUUCAAUACUGAUUGUUUAAAGAUUGCAACAUUUUAAUCAGUUUGAAAGGCACUUUUCUUCUGUUUUUUUUAAAUUACUAUUCACAUUAUGCUCAAGUAACAUGUUCAGUACUUUCCGAGUUUUUGAUGGUCUCUGGAAUCAAAUGUUGUUUCAAUUAUCUCUCAAUAAAUGGGGAAUAAAAUAUAAAAUUUUUCCUAUGCUCAUAUUUUUUAUGAAUUCUCAAUUUCAUAAUAAUGCAUUUUAGUCGAUUUACCUUAAAGUUUACUGUACUGUAUUCUACUAUUUAGCGAGGACCCUUCUCUGUAAUUGUGCAUUUCAGAGCUGUGAUACUAUUUGAUAAUCCCGAUUUUGAAUUUGUCACCCAAGGAAAGGUUGUCUAAUUUCUAGCCAAUGCUGUUUUCAUCCCUGCAAAAAAAAAAAAAACUAAAGAAAAAGGAUGUCUUUCUUUUUCUGGCAGCUACCUGUAUGUUUA